AUGUCUCUGUCUCAGUCUUCCAACAGGAAUGUGUUUGUUCUGCUGCUGCAUGAAGGCUCUGCUCAGGCUGAAGGGGAAGCUUUGCCCUUUGCACAGAGUCACAGAGCAGCUCCGCCCCCUUACCCUAUUUUUCCAGCCGCAGUAAGCAAUCAGCAGGUGGUUGGGGUCAAAGGUCAGGGCCCAGUGACCAUGAGGCAGGCGGUGGAGGCUCAGGUGUUAAACCCCUACUGCGAACUAGGAGAACACGGCCUGCGUCAGAUCCUGACAGAUGUGAUUGAUGAGGUGAGACGGUCGAUAAAUCAGGACAUCGACGGUGCAGAGAUCCUCCACAGUCUGCUGAACGCUUCCUGGCUGCAGUCGCUGCUCAAGGUUUAUGAGUGUCUUCAAAGGUACCUGAGAGAUUCCCCGGCACCGGCUCUGAACUACGCUUCAGGACUUUCACUUCAGUUGCUGAUCGACAUUAGAGCGUUGCCGAGCUGCUCUGAAGAAGCCAAAGAGCUCUACCGCCUCCUGAGACAGCCACACCUGCAGGCUCUAUUAUCAGCUCAUGAUACGGUGGCCCAGAAGGACUAUGAGCCAGUACUGCCACCCAUGCCAGACGAGCUGCCGGAUGAUGAGGAGGCCACCAGGAUCGUCUGCCUGGUCAAGAACAAACAGCCUCUGGGAGCAACUAUAAAGAGAAACGAGAUCACAGGGGAGAUUUUUGUUGCUCGGGUGAUUCAUGGAGGGCUGGCUGAUAGAAGUGGUCUGUUGCAUGCAGGGGACCGGAUCAUAGAGGUUAAUGGUUUUCCUGUGGAUGGGAUGGAACCAGAGCAAGUGAUCCAAGUUGUGCAAGCAAGGUCGCAAGGCACCAUCAUGUUUAAAGUCGUUCCCAUCACAGAAAGGCCAGUCCACAACCAGACGAUGCUCUAUGUGCGGGCCAUGGCCGACUACAGCCCUCAGCAGGACCAUACCAUCCCCUGUGCUGACGCCGGUAUGAGCUUCAGAAAAGGUGACGUCCUGGAGAUCGUGGACCAGACAGACGCCCUUUGGUGGCAGGCCAAGAAGCUGCCCAGCAACACAGCAUGUGCAGGCCUCGUCCCUUCCGCCAACCUGCUGAAACGGAAGCAAAGGGAGGUCUGGUGGUCUCAGCCUUAUCAGCCACAUGGCUGCAUACAGACCUUGAGCACUGUAGAGGAAGAGGAAGAUUUGAUGGCCCUCGAUGAGAAAUGUGUUGAAGCAGAUGAGGAGGCAUUUGAAUCUGAGGAGCUCAGAGAAGAGGAGGAUGACUUCAGCAGCAACAUUGGAGGGAUUUAUUUAAUGGGCUUCAGGCGCAGCAUGCGUCUGUGUCGGAGGCGGUCUCACAGCAUCAUCCAGCCGUCCUGCCACACCCGCUGCCCCAGCAGCUGCUACAGUGCUCUCAACAGCCCCUACGAGGAGGUGGUGCGCUACCAGCGGCACCCACAGGACGCACACCGUCUCAUCGCCCUCUUAGGCCCGUCUGGUGUGGGUGUGAAUGAACUUCGGAGACGCUUGAUUGAAAUGAACCCCAACAUCUUCCAGGGAGCAGUACCAUACACCACAAGACCACCCAAAGGAUACGAGGAGUCUGGCAGAGAAUAUUACUUCACCAGCCGAGAAAUCUUCGACAACAUGGUGUAUAACAACAGGUUUGUGGAGUACGGGGAGUACAAAGGGAACCUGUAUGGUACCACUGUCGAGUCUGUAAGGGAAGUUUUAAACAGUGGAAAGAUCUGCGUCAUCGACAUCGAACCAAAUGCCAUUCAGGCAGUGAGGACCCACGAACUGCGGGCCUACAUCAUCUAUGUGAAGCCUCCACCGUUGGAGCGCCUCAGAGAGACCAGACAGGACUCGUACAUUACCACCAACUACUACGUCAACCGACCGUUCAAAGAGGAAGACUUCCAGGAGAUGGAAGAAGCUUCCCGGAAAAUCGAGUCCCACUACUGGCAGUUCUUUGACCAUGUGAUUGUCAACGAUGAGCUGCAGGACUCCUGCGUCCACCUGCUGGCAGCGGUGAGGAAGGCGCAGGACGAGCCACAGUGGGUCCCAGCCAGCUGGAUACGACCCACCGCCGAGUCGUGAGGGAGGACGGAGGAGACAAGGGGACAAGAGAGAUGUGACCCCUGUUAUCAUGGCAGCAAUUAUUUUAUCUAUCUCAUUUUACAGAUUCCACACUGUAAAACAAAAAUCUUUACAUGUACAUUAAUUUUGUGUCUAACGUUGUUUUGAGGAGUACGGCAAAAGAAAUCUUGAUAUUUUUAUCUUGUGCCCUUCAUCUGGCUCCGUAAGUCACUUCAUAUCCUCAAAGUUAAGAUGGAGCUGAACACAAGCCCAAAGAAA